AUGUCACGUCACAGCGAAACCAUAAUGUCGGACGCCCACAACCUGUCGGACCAGUGCAGUUCUAACUCGUACAAGAUGAACGCCUUGCCGCCCAGACGGUCGUUCAAAGUCAUCCUGUUGGGGGACUCCGGUGUGGGGAAAUCUUCGCUGUUCGCCAGGUUUAACGGUGAUAGCUUCACGGAGGCAACCUUCGCCACGCUGGUACAGGUGGGGAGCUGCAGACGUACCUUCCGAUUCGGAGACCGAGAAGUUACGCUGGAGUUGUGGGACACGGCAGGCACAGAGCGCAUGUUGUCCCUCACAGAAAACUACUACCACCACGCUGCCGCCGCCAUUUUUAUCUACGACGUGAACGACCAGGCCACCUUCCUCGGUGUCCAGUCCACCUGGGUGCCGUCCAUCCGCCGACGCGACCCCACCAUGACCACCUUCCUCGUAGGCAACAAGACGGACCUCGCUUCAUCUUCUUACGCCUUCGAAAACGUCACCUUGGACGAAGCGAAAAGAUAUGAGAAUUCCAUUCAGGACGACUUAAAAGUGGCGGGAAAUUUCCAAGUUUCUGUGAAAACUGAGGAGGGGGUUCACGAAUUGUUUGAGACUGUAGCAGAGGCCUUGUGUGGCGUAGUGAAGAGCGAGGAAAAGAAGGCAGACGAAACCAUUACGCUAAAACCAAAGAAUAAACAGAGAGUGUGGGACAAGUGUAAAUGUUAACAUUCAAUGUUCAGGUAUUCAUAUGUUACGAGGGACAGUUUUACUGGAUGAGGCGCUUGAUAUGCUGAGUGAUUUCG